UCAUUUGCAGGUGUGACUGCUUAGCAUAAUGUGCUGCAGGUUCUCUUAAAUGUCUAGAAUAGCAUCAGAGUGCUGACUCAUAAAAAUCCAAAAAUACCAAGCUUUCUUCUGACAGAGUUAUUAUAAAGACAAAGAAGUUCAGAUGUGAUUCAGUAAUGUUGUCUGAACAUGCACACAAAGAGUUGUUACCAAAGAGUCAUUUCCAGAGGAAUGAAAUGCGUCCCUAUGGCCUGAGGCAGAGUAUUCGCUGUCCUAAAAAAUAUGGGGAGACAGUCAAAGAGAGGACCUACAUGCCGGCUCCGAGGUGUGAUUUAGACUUGGUGUGUGAGCAGAGUGAAGGGGACUCCCAGAAGCCCCUGGAUGACAGGCACAUAAAGAACGCUGCAGUUCUUCCAGAAGAACUGCCCCACAGAGACAGAGCACUCGAUACGACAGACAAGACCUUGAACAGUCAGCCAGGACCUCUGCUGAUCCACGGCUUCACCGUGCCAGAGUACCAGCAGACGUAUCACUCGGUGGUGGAUCCUCUGCUCUUAAGUCCGAGUGGUAAGCUCACAGCAUACGGUCUGGAGCUGGGGCGCAACAUUAAGGAGCGUCUGUUCGAAGAGCUUGCAUACCCUACGCUUCAGAUUUCACAGCAGACAAAUGGAAAGGUGGAGGUUUUGGAGAGGUUUUGUGUGCUCCGGCCUACACCUUUCAUAGACAUAGACAGGAAAGGGGAACCACGGUGAUGUUCCCCCAACAGACUUUCUAUCAAUGUCAAGAGUGUGCUUUAUGUUUCUGUCUUCUCCUCUAUUCCUACCAUUUUUGUUUGUUUUUUAAUGAUUCAUUUAGAAGCUGAAUUAACAUUUCAAAUGUUUGUAUAAAAAAUUAACUGUGUUUAUCAUGCUGCAAAGAAAGUCCUCAUCAAGUCAAUUAUGUAAGAGAUAUGAAGACCAAUUUCUGUGCAUUUUUAAAAAAAAGGUUUGUAUCUAAAGUC